AUGUCUUCUAGCAAAGAUGAGCGUGACGGCCCAGACCUUUCUCCCAGCGGCAGUCGUCAGAAACCAACUGGUUUGAGAACUAGAGCUCAUGGUCUUCGCCAACCCUCAUCCUACCAACAAUGGCCUCCAGCGGCUAUCACCCAUAUCACUGUACCUCCAGGAGCGACAAGACAAAUUCGCAGCAUGACUCACUCUUUGUCCAAUACAAGUCCAUCCCAUCCAUCCCCAUCCACCCCUGUCACAGAGCCUAACAAAAAGACCAUCCCUUGGGGUUCUGGUGUUUCCGACAAGUUUGGUUUCAAACCAGCAACUUCAAAGAGUCUACGUAGUCCAGGUGGCACUGUGACCGGUACGGCUGGACUUCCUGAGCUGGGCUCACCACGAAGCAAGUCAGAUGGACAGCAAACUCAUAUUCCUGUCAUGUCUCCUACCCGCAAGCCUGGUGUUCACCCCAGUCCUCAAGACAAACCUCUUCCAAGACUUCCAAUUCUUGGUGUCAAGCCUAAUUCGCCAACACGCACACCUCUCAUGGACCGUGAUGGAAAACCACGCCGCCGCAAUGUCGUUACUCCUGGUAGUGGAGUUUCAAAGCAGGAAAAAUGGCCAGUGAUGCUCUCAUCACAACCCAAGAUAGCGCCAACCAUGGAUGGAAGUGCCAUUCAGGGGAUGAGCAAUAUGGAUCUGAAUCGCCGUUCCGAUGUCACCAGUGCCGACCGGGAAUCCAUCGAGACCUUCACGCUUGACGAUGACUCUAAAGGCAAAGGUAGAGCCACCAAGCCCUUUCCUCUCUUUCAGACUGACGCCCGCCCACCACUUUCCCCUGGUGGACUCCUCGACAACGGGUCAUCUCGCGGCCUCGGUCGCCACCAUCGAGGAAGCUCAAUCCCUGUGCGCUCUGGUGCACCUCGGCCUUCCCAUGGUCGAUUUCAUGAUAGCCCUGUGCAUCAUAAGAGCUAUCCUCACGCAUUGGAAGCCGAUGCAUUUGAUCUGAAUAAGUACUCGCCCGAACCUUCUCCAAUUUCAAGUGGCUUUACUGCAGGUAUUCAACUCCGAAGUGCCACCACACCGGUGACUGCUGCUCAUGAACUCUCAGCUGUGAAAUCAAACAACCAACUGAGUCUGAAAGAGAUCUUGUCUUUACCAUAUCAAGACGUCAUUGAGCGGUCUUACUUCUCAAGUGAUAGUUCUGAAGAAUCAGAUAUCAUUACUCGUGGAUACGAUGCACAUGGUGGUUAUGACAUCAAACGUCCUUAUCACACAUCUACAGGGGGACCAACUCUACGUAUUCGUGAUUCAGCCAGCGACCUACUCUUGGACAAAGGCACCACAGAGUUGAACAAUCGUACUGCUGGUGGUGGUAGAUUGAGACGUAAACAAACUCAGAAUAAUUUGCGACAAGGUGAUGGGAUCAGAACUUCACUUCGAUCGACUAGCGCAUUCAUUCACCGAUCUUUGUCGUCACUUACAAAACAAACAUCUGAACCCUUCUCGGCUGGCGAAUCCAGAUCUCGUGCCAGCACGCAGAAUCUGCUCCCUCAAACCACACAACAACUGAUCACAAAUUUCUCUUCUGAUCAACACAACCUCAUUGGAACAGACCAAGGACAGCCUUCCCCACUGUCGUUUCCAUCCACAGCAUCUUCUGAACGUGGUUUCUUCAAUCAACCUAGUCUGAAUCCUUUCCGGCAAAGCGUUGCAGAGGAGUUCCGUCAAGUGAUUUCAUCGUCAAGUUCUCACCACAGACCGUCUGUAUCGCAAGUUGACUGGCAAAACCAAGAAUUUACUGAGAUCAAGAUGCCUACCGCAAUCAAGCCUGCUCCUUUGCAGGAAUCAUCUCCUACUGCAACUGAUCCUGGGCCGAUCACCCUUCCACGCACUCGACCCACAAAUAUUCCUCGAUCAGCCUCCGCAAUCAUGCCUGAGGAACCUAACGAAGAGACUGCACCAUUCCUGUUCGACAAAGACGAACACCUCAGCAAACAACCUUCUACAAGCAACAAUCUUCCUCGUCUUCGAGUGACAGGACCUGACGCGCCAAUCUCGCCUGACAAAAACUUCCCUCUUCGCACCACUUCUCGCAAGCAGAGACCCCCACCACUCUUCGUCUCGGACAAGAGCAACUCCAGAUUCAGCACUCGGUACACAACAGAAGUUUCACAAGCACUUGAUGAAACUGUUGUUAUGUUGCGAAAGCCAAGAAACAUGAAGACAUUUUCUCAAUCUCACAGCCCUGGCACCAAUAUCAAAGCAUCUGCUGGACUGCUUCAUACUCCUAGCAAGAAGGCGUUUGGACGUGUUCGUGGUCUUUUGAAGAAGAAGUCGACUGAUGAGACCCUCGGAAAGCCAUCUGCCACAGGCUUUACGAAGAUUCCCAGCCUUCUCGGUAUUCAUACUCCACCAACUGUUCGCCGCACCGCAGUCCCAGCCGCCUCUAGGUUUCCAAACACUCUGUUGGACCCAAACUCAGCUCUCCAUGAGGAUUCGGACAACAGUCGCACCAAGCUGCUCUCCACUCAAAACCGACCUGCCGAUCCAAUCACUCCAUUCACCGCAGGUAUUCACGCAUCUCCAGCAAGCUCAGGUCGUCCAUCCUCAAUCCCACGACCCAGAUCUCCCAUCUCUGCGCGUCCAACAUCAUCCACAAUGGGCAUCAAAUCUCCUGCUCCAGCCAUGAGCCGACCUCAAUCCGGUCAAACCGUCAUCACAUCAUCACCACCACCAGUCACCACUCAAGAUGACAGUGACGCCAGCAUUGCACCCGAACUCCAAAGUGCAUUGCGAGUCGGACGAGCUCUCAUGCGUGCAACGGUCGCCGAGACCGACCCCGAACGCCGCCAGCGCCUAGGCCAACUCGCCGAGUGCAUGGUGAGAAUGAUCCACGUCGCCACCAAGGCCAUUCAGGCUGCGGAAACUGCAGAGAUCGAGAAAAUCAAGGCUGACAUGGCGGCCACCAAGUGCCUAAGUGCACUCGCCCACUCCGAGCCAAUCGCUCGUGAGCUGUUGGCAAUGAUGGAUGAUUAG